AUGCCGCCGCCGUACGGACCCCAGAACUUCCAGAACUGGUACCCGUACCAGCAGAUGCCUCCUCACCCUCCUCCAAUGCAGCCUUACCCCCAGUAUAAUACCCCAUUGAUUGUUUGCUCAUAUCCUCGGCCCCAACCCCCGAACCACGCGCCGCCUCCACCACACAUGUCUCCAGCCCUCCGGACACAGUCCAGCACUCCCAUUACAUCUCACCCGUCGGCCUUCUCGCCCACGCCUCCCGUUUCCCUGUCUACACCGGCCAUCACUGAGCCGCAGGAGGAUCAGUCUGCGCAGCAUUCUCUAACCCGCUCUGGCAGUGAAGUGGGCAGCAAUGCCUCAACCAAUGCUUCUACCAACAACAGUGCACGCCCUACACCACCUCCAAUCACCGCCAGAAGACCAGAGGCUCGGUCAGGCGUAAGACAGGUAUUCCAACCUCCAUUACCUUGGCUUUCCGUUCCAGAGGCUCCCUUUCCUUCCAAGCCUCCACGACGUCGCCGUAAGAACCGUGUUACUCAGCCUUCUUCCCUCGCCGUAGAAUUGCCUUCCAAGGACGAGAAUGAAACUGAAGACACCGAACCUCAGGGGAAUAAUGCUGAAGACCAACCAGCUAAGCCAGCUUCUGUGGCCCAAUCCGAAGCAGAUACUCCGUCUCUGCCCUCAGCCACCGUCGCUCAACAAACUCCAGCACACGCCCGCCAGGCUAGCACUACAAGAGCAGGUGUUCCGGUAGUCCCCGUCGUUCCAUUAGUUGCCCAAAGCCCAUCAGCCUCCAAGCAAUCCAAAUCUUCAGCUCAGACUACUCCUGAGAAAACGGGUGCAACCGAGGCAGCAGCUCCAACAGUCAUGGAAAACGGACAUGUUCCAACCGAGGAAGAAUCACAGCCGCCAGCUUCCUCCGAGACUACCAGCAACACAACCCCAUAUCCAGCACCGCAACGGGCUGCCCCAAAAUCUUGGGCUGACCUUGUUCGCUCAAAGGCCGCUGCAAAACAAUCAACUGCUGCUUCUCCUCAAGCCGGUGCCUUGGCGCUCACUCGGGGUGAAUCUUUGGCUGAAGCACUCAACAGCUUUGGUUCGAAUGUUGAUCAGUAUAGCGAAAAAAUUGCUUUCUUAGAACCUCGUGGCCUUGUAAAUACGGGAAAUAUGUGCUAUAUGAAUUCUAUUGGCCGUCGUGCGGCCCAUAGCUUCAAAAGUGACAGCCCUUUAGUGGAUGCUAUGAUUAUGUUUCUACGGGAAUUCAGGGUUAUUGAUGCGGCAUCUUCGGUGGAAAAAUUAAGGCUUCGGUUGAAACAAAACGAAUUGGAGGAGUACGGCGAAUCUUUUAUUCCAGAAUAUGUUUAUCAAGUUAUUCGACAUCUCCCGCGUUUUAGGGACAUGAGACAAGAUGCCCAGGAAUUCCUUGGCUUCCUUCUCGAAGAGCUCCAUGAUGAAUGCCUCCUGGCAACUAAGAAUGCCAUGGCAGACAAGUCCGACGUUUCUACUUCUUCUGAUGUGGAUGCUCAUUCCAUCGCAGAUGAUUCUACUGGUGACGGCUGGCUGGAGGUUGGCCACAAACAGAAAGCAUCAGUCACCAGGUCGUCCGGCGAUAGCUCUGGCGAAUCGCCCAUUACACGUAUUUUCAGCGGUAAAAUCCGAUCAGAGUUCAGGGUGCCUGGAAACAAAAACUCUGUAACUCUUGAACCCUAUCAGUCACUUCAACUUGACAUUGGAUCCCCUCAGGUCAACAACAUUAUCGACGCCCUCAAGGGCCUUACCAAGCCCGAAACCAUGCAUGGAGAUUUCCAAUCAUCCCGUGGACCCAAAGUCAAUGCUACCAAACAAGUCUUCAUUGAGAAUCUACCCCCUGUCCUCAUCCUUCACCUCAAGCGCUUCCAGUAUGAUAACGUCACCAAUGGCACGCAAAAGAUCUGGAAGAAGAUUGGAUACCCACUUGAACUGGAGAUACCCAAGGAGGUCUUCCCCCCACACCGCCGUAAUGCCCUUUCUGCCCAGAACGGCAGCCUCCCCAAAUACCGCCUCAUUGGAGUUAUCUAUCAUCAUGGCAAGAGUGCAAGUGGGGGGCAUUACACGGUUGAAGUCCGCCGGCAGGAUGGACGUGAAUGGGUCCGCUUUGACGACACCUACAUCCGCCGUGUACGAAGUGAAGAAGUAGCCUUUGGCGGUAGUGAAGAGGAUCCAAAACUGCUCUCUGCCGCCCUUGAGCGCCACAAUAAUUCUAGUGACCAAACUUCCAGCAACAACAUCUAUGACCAAUUUGAUGCUGACGAGCAAGACCACCCAGAUAACGGGAGAGGUUGGAGCCAAGUCAAUGGCUCUGGCUCGGGCAGCCACUCUAGGCAAAAAUCCAUGGCCGCCGCUGCUGCCGCCGCCGCUGCUGCUAGCGGUAAUGCCUCGCCUAAAGCCGACUCCGGCAAAGGCACCCCCACAGCUUCCAGCAGCGCCCGUUUCGGCGCUUCUCGAGAUAACAAAGUUGCAUAUCUCCUCUUUUACCAGCGUAUUCACAGCGCUUAA